AUGUUCUUGAAAAGCAGUGCGAAGAAAGAUGUCCAAAAGAAUGUGGUAGAUCCGGCGCUGCAACCAUGGGUUGAGAAGUAUCGGCCUCAGACGAUUGAAGAUGUCUCUGCCCAAGAACAUGCCGUUGCCGUACUGAGGAAAACGCUGACAUCGACUAACUUGCCACAUAUGCUGUUCUACGGGCCACCUGGCACUGGAAAAACAAGUACCAUCCUUGCCCUAUCUCGACAGCUUUUUGGUCCAGAGCUUUUCCGGACGCGAGUGUUGGAGUUGAACGCAUCAGAUGAGCGUGGUAUCUCAAUAGUGCGAGAAAAAAUCAAGAAUUUUGCGCGACAAACUCCACGAGCGGCCGAGGCCAAUUCUAAGUACCCAUGCCCACCGUACAAAAUUAUCAUAUUGGAUGAAGCAGAUUCAAUGACUCAAGAUGCGCAGGCAGCGCUACGUCGCAUUAUGGAGAACUACGCUAAGAUUACUCGAUUUUGUUUGGUUUGCAACUAUGUAACGCGAAUUAUCGAACCUUUGGCAUCACGUUGUUCUAAGUUCCGGUUCCACCCUCUUGACGUGUCUUCGACUCGCUCGCGGCUCGAGCACAUCGUAAAAUUAGAAAAUAUUGAUAUUUCACCAGAGGCUGUUACCGCACUGAUAUCGACCUCAGAUGGGGACCUUCGGCGAUCUAUUACUUAUUUGCAGUCAGCAGCACGCCUAUCUGCAUCACAGGAGCCCUCGCCAUCUAUUAGCGCUUCUGAUAUUCAAGAAAUUGCUGGGGUUGUGCCCGACGCCGUGAUGAACCGGUUCAGCUCUGCGGUUGGCAUUGAAUUACCCGAUGAAGGAAUGGAUAUAGAUCGCGCGAAAGACAUUGACGGUAUCAGAGACGAAGUCAAUCGAAUAAUGCAAGAGGGAUUUAGCGUUGCCCAAUUACUAUCACAGUUACACGAUAUUGUUAUUUUGCACAACACUGUAACGUCGAAACAAAAGACAGCAUGUGCAGCUGUGUUUGCAGCUGCGGACAAGGCGCUAUGUGAUGGGGCGGAUGAGGAACUGCAGCUGCUUGAAAUCGGUCUCGGUGUAUGGAAGGCACUUAAAUCAUAG